AUGAUCACCCAAAUAGAUAUUCCUUCUUCCUCUUCUUCUUCUUCUCCUCCGACCCCUCGAUGGACAUACGAUGUGUUCCUCAGUUUCAGAGGAGAAGACACCCGCACAAAUUUCACAGACUUUCUGUAUACUUCUCUGAUGCAGAAAGGAAUAUUCACAUUUAGAGAUGAUGAAGAACUUGAGAGGGGAAAGCCCAUAGCUCCAAAACUCUUGAAAGCAAUCGAAGCAUCAAGAUAUGUAGUUGUCAUUCUUUCACGAAACUAUGCCAAUUCUACAUGGUGCUUGGAUGAGCUUGUAAAGGCUGUAGAAUGCAUGAACCUGAUGGGACAAACAAUACUCCCAGUUUUCUAUCAUGUGGAUCCAUCCGAGGUACGAAAACAGAAAGCAGAUUUUGGGGAAGCCUUCUCUAAGCAUGAAGAAACCUUUAAAGACAAUAAACAGAAUGUGCAAAGAUGGAGAGAUGCACUUACUCAAGUUUCCAAUCUCUCUGGGUGGCAUUUACACGAUGGUUAUGAAUCAAAAGUUAUUCAAGAUAUCGUAGGAAAGAUUUUCACUGAAUUAAAUCAAACAAUCUCAAGUGUAUCCACAGAUUUAGUUGGGAUGGAUUCUCGCGUGAAAGAAAUGCUUUCUUGCUUAGACAUAGGGCUGCAUAAAGUUUGUGUCAUAGGGAUUUUGGGCAUUGGGGGAAUAGGUAAGACAACUGUUGCAAGAGUUGUUUACGAGAGGAUAUGUGCUCAAUUCGAAGCUUGCAGCUUUCUUGCCAAUGUUAGAGAGGUAACUGAAAAACAAGGCCUAGUUGAUUUGCAAAAGCAACUUCUGUCAGAUAUCUUGCUGGAAAGUAAUGUAAAUGUACAUAAUAUUUAUAAGGGGAUCAGUUUAAUAAGGCAGAGACUACGUGCUAAAACGGUUCUUAUCAUUCUUGAUGAUGUCGAUACGCUGGAACAACUGGAAGCAUUAUGUCAUCAUAGUUGGUUUGGUUCAGGGAGUAGAAUUAUCAUAACAUCAAGAGAUGAACAUUUGUUGAGCACAUUUGGAGUGAAUAAAAUGUAUAGGGUUAAGGAAUUAAAUGAUUCUGAAGCUCUUAAACUCCUUAGUCGGAAAGCCUUUAAAAAAGAGCAAGUUGGAGAAGGUUAUCUCAAGCUGUCUAAGAAUAUCGUUGAAUACGCCAGUGGCCUUCCGUUGGCUCUUACAGUUACGGGUUCAUUCCUUUUUGGUAAAAGCAUUAAAGAAUGGUCAAGUGCAUUGGAUAGACUAAAAGAAAAUCCCGAGAAAGGAAUUAUUGAUGUGCUUAAAGUAAGCUUUGACGCAUUACAAGUCACAGAGAAAAAGGUAUUUCUGGACAUUGCAUGUUUCUUUAAAGGGGAGGACAGAGAUCGUGUAGCAAAAAUACUAGAAAGUGGUUGCGGAUACAGUCCAGACAUUGAUAUAAAAGUUCUCAUAGAAAAAUCUCUAAUAACUCUGUUUGGAAAAAAAUUGUGCAUGCAUGAUUUGAUACAAGAAUUGGGUUGGGAAAUUGUUCGUCAAGAAUGUCGUGAAGAUCCAGGAAAACGUAGCAGGUUGUGGCUUCCCAAGGAUAUCAUCCCCGUACUUGCAAAAAAUAAGGGAACAGAUACAAUUGAAGGCAUAUUCCUCAACUUGCCGAAACAAGAGGAGAUUCACUUAAAUGCUGAUUCCUUCUCAAAGAUGUCCAACCUAAGAUUUCUCAGAAUCUGUAAUGUGGCCUCUCCUGGAUCCAUUGAAUAUCUUUCUAAUGAGUUACAACUUUUGGAAUGGCAUGCAUGUCCUUUAAAUUAUUUGCCGUCAAACUUUCAAUCAGAUAAGCUUGUUGAACUCAAAAUGCAUUUGAGCUGUGUCAAACAACUGUGGAAUGGAAAUGAAAGCUGGAGCAUGCUAAAGUGCAUCGAUCUGAGUGAUUCCCAAUACUUGAUCAAAACCCCAAACUUCACUAAGGCUCCAAAUAUUGAGAUGCUGGUGCUUCAAGGCUGUUCAAGAUUGGUUGAUGUUCACCCGUCCAUGGGAAUUCUCAAACAGCUUAUCUUGCUGAAUAUGAGAAACUGCAAAUCUGUAAAGACUCUUCCUCCUUUCAUUAGUUUGGAAUCUCUUCGAAGUUUAACUCUCUCUGCUUGUUCAAGACUCAAGAGGUUUCCUGAAAUUCAAGGAGAUAUGAAAACCUUGUUAGAGCUCUAUUUAGAUGGGACUGCUAUAGAGGAAUUACCUUCAUCGAUUGAACGUUUGACAGGUCUUGCUUUGUUGAAUUUAGGAAACUGCAAAAACCUUUUCCAUAUCCCAAGUACCAUCCAAUGUUUGACAUCUCUGAAAAGUCUCAUUCUAACUGGUUGCUCAGAACUUCAUGACAUACCUGAGAAUCUGAAUUGUGUGGAAUAUCUUGAGGAGCUUGAUAUAAGUGGAACUGCUAUAAGAAAAUCAUGGUUUGUUGUAGGUAUGAAGAAUCUAAAGUAUCUAUCAUUCCAAGGAUGUAAAGAUCAACCUUCAAAAUCAUGGCAUUCCCUUAUCUUUAAUGGUUGUUGGUGUAGAGAGGAAGUUCCCACGCGUUUGUUGUUGCCUAAUUCAUUCUCAAGUUUAAUUUCUUUAGCAGAGCUGGACUUAAGUGAUUGCAGUCUGAUGGAUGGAGAGAUUCCCAGGGAUAUUGGAAGCUUAUUCUCCUUAAAAAAAUUAAAUUUAAGUGGUAGUAAUUUUGUUUGCUUACCAGAAAGCAUCUCUCAACUCUCGAAGCUUGAAGAUCUCAAGUUGAUCAGUUGUCGUAAGCUAAAAUCUCUGCCUAAGAAGCUUCCAUUAAGUAUUCGACACGUGAAUGCAGAUGAUUGUACAUCACUGAUAGAUUUCCCAAAUAAAUUAAAAGUAUGGACUUCAGCUGUUUCGGGAGUGACUACCAUCAGUUCCUUCAUUUCAUCCAAGAAUCAAGAGUGUUCUACUUCAGAGAGAGAGUGGAAAUAUGGCAAGAUUUGGACUCCAACAACUGUCCCAGGAUGUAGUACCAUUAGUUUCGUCAAAUCAGAUGAGCAUCAAGAAUGGAAACAAGUUGAUGGAUUUGUACUGCCAACUCAAUUGUUUAAAAAAGACCUAGAGCUAUUGGAUUUAAGGUCAUGUACCUUACAGUCUGGCACUCCUCAAAGUGAAAUUCCAGAGUUUUUCAGCCAUAUAGUGAAUGGGGGAAACAUAGAAAUCCCGAUAUAUGCGAAUAUGAAGAAUGAUAGGAAGUGGAUGGGGGUUGCCCUGUGUGCUCUUUUUUCAGCCAAGGGAAAUCCUGUAGUCUCCCCCACUGAAUCGGAUUCAGAAACUUCGAAUUACUUCUAUCAGUUCCAAAUUGGAACUAAUAUAUUUGUACUGGUACCAGAUCCCGAUAGUGAUUGCAUAGCACAUUUACAAACGCACUCUCAUUUUCUUUGUGUGUUCUAUGCAUCUUGGCUGCAGUUUCCAGAGUUGUUAAAUAAAUCCAGUCAAAUGUGGGCUUCAUUCAAUACCUCUAAUCCUUGCAUGGAGGUCCAGCAAUGUGGGAUUCAUUUAGUUUACGAGCAAGAUGUUGCUGUGUUUAUGCAAACAUUCAUGCAGUGUGCUUUUGGUACUGAACGCCAACCUGUACAUCAAACCCCAUUAGUUACCGGAAAAGAAGAUCAAGAUAUCCCUUCUGAUGAUAACUCCACUCCAAAUGAAGUUGACAAAGCUACAUCUGAAUAUGGAUGGUUUAAUCUAGUCGAUAAAAUUUUGAGAUGGGAGAAAUUAAUUCCAACUUCCCCAGAAGCCUCCAUAGUUCUGCUGAGAUACCUUCAGGGAUUAAACGAAAUGCAGCAACCCUAUCGCUUUUUCAUAAGUGGAAGCCCAGCGUGGUUCAACCCUAAAAAGGGUUCCUCCGUGUCAAUCGAGCUGCCACCAAAUCUUCCCCAGAGUAACAAGUGGAUGGGAUUUGCUCUAUGUGCCUCUGUUGCAGUGGACCACCGGCAUAUUGCAAAAGAGAGUUUUGGUUUUUCUUGUCGACUUCAAACGGACAAAUUUAAUACUGAGAUCUUCAUAAGCUCAACCAGUAUACAUGAUAAAGAUCAACUUCACAUUAUUUACAUUCCGCGGGCACAUUUUAAUGAGUGGUUCGUGGCUAUAUCCAGUAGCAUCAUCAGCACUUCCUUUACAACGGAUAGCCCUGGUGGUGUCCAUGUUCAAAUUUGUGGGCUUCGUAUCUUGUACCAGCAAGAUUUACAAGGGUUUGUCCAGGCAAUCACCCAAUGCAUAUUGCGCAGCUCUUCAGAUUUUGCAACUAAUUGUAAUGAACAACGAGUGGUACAAGAUUGGAUAAGUUUGAUGACAUUGCACAGUCGUAAAGUUGAGACAAGUACAAGGGAAAGGGAUAUUUCCCGAGAAUCAAGUCAACUAACUGCAGAAGAGGGCUGUGAAGAACAUUUCAGUACCACACAGGAAUGGGAGCAGUUUCAGUUGAUGUCUCGACAAUAUAGAAAUAUGGACUGGUCUGUGGCUCAAUUUUCAUGUCACUACUCUGGAAUAAAAAUUCCUAAUUGGUUCACGUUGACACAAAAUUUGCAUGAAGGCUUAGGCAACUCUGCAGAAAUCCAAGUGCCCCAAAAUUUGUACGAGGAUGGCAAUUGGAAAGGGAUUGCUAUUUGCGCACAUAUGUCCAUCCGUGAACAUCCCACCAUCAUUCUUGACACUCCCGACUCAGAGUUUACUCGUGAGCUUUUUUGUCAUCUGGACACCAACUUUUCUGGGGUCAAAUUCCGACUUGUAGAGCGUACAAAUGACAAAGCCAUGUGGUUGAAUGAUGCCUGCAAUUUCAGUUGGUUCAUCUACAUGCCACGCGCUCAGUUUUCUGAAUCCUUGAAUCAAUGCAAUCUAGUCAGGGUAACUUUUGGGUCCAAUAGCUCAGGCUUAGGCGUGCAUAAUUCUGCCCUUCGUCUAGUAUUUAACAAGGAUUUGGAGCAGCUUAUACCAACAUUGGCCAGCUGCCGCUUAUUUUCAGACCGCCAAUGUCUUUAG